AUGUGGCUUGCUGAGAUCCUCCAAGAAGUCGAAGCUGACCAAUCCGCACAACUUGUACUUCACGCCUUACGAAAUUUCUCACGCUUGGAUAUGACUGUGUUGACGCCACUAAACUGUGAGAUUGGGCAUUUUACCGUAUUUCUGACCGUCUUUCCUGAAGGCUGGAUGGUCGAUUGUGGCUUGCCUUCCGAGCGAAGGGGCUGCGGCCUGUCGUUGCGGCAUUCGCGCGAAGACGAUGAUGGAAACGUGAGCAUUACCUGGUACGAUCAAAGCUGGCUUCAGGCGCUCUUGGCUGAAUUUGACGCUCUGGUUCAUUCACAUCACAAGAGUACAGCUAAUGUCAUCGAAGGUGCUCUUUCCUCUUGCGCUGACCGGUUUGUUCGGAAAGACCCGCAAGGCAAGAAUGACGUUCGGUACGCUUUACACCUCUGCACCCUUCUGCAGAACGAGACGCGGACACUCAUUCAACCAACUCAGAUCGGUAGCUCUCAGACUCGUGACUGCUGUUUCACUAUCGUAAUGGCGUCGACCACUCCAGGCAGAAUCGGCCUCUUCGACCUUCCUCCAGAGCUGCGAAACGAGAUCUAUGCAUACGCUCUCGCAGAAGACAAGCCAGUUGAAGUCGAUCGGUCUGACUCUCCACGCAAGCCACCGGCGCUUUUGCGCAUCUGUCGACAGGUCUACCACGAAGCAUGGCCCAUAUUCUACCGCGUCAACAUCUUCCAAACCGACUGUUACAAUAGCGCCGAAGUCUUCCUGGGUGGGCUCAGCGACAAAGCACUGUCCUCACUUCGAUGCCUUCGUGCGACAAAUGCUCAGCAAUCAAGGUUAGCCAAGUUCAUGACUGGCUGGUGGAUCUCGUUCGUCAAAACCUCGUUGGAGAAGCUACAUGUGCGUGGUGGCAGGCGCAAAGUCAGCGCCGAUGCAUUGUUUAUGCCUAUGCCGGUCGGCAGCACGUAUGAAGUGAAUUGGGUCACUUCAGCUCAGAUUCCUGACUUCGUGAUCAAAUCCGAGCAGAAGACGCCCAUCUCUAGGCAAGCGAAGACUCCUCUGACAGCGGCGGAGGACAGCUUGUCUGAUGUAGAUGACGGCUCUGAUCCGGAAGACAGCUCUGACGCAAGCAGCGGAAGCGAUGGCGAUGGCGAUGGCGAUGAUGGCGCCUGA